GCAAUACCGACUUGAACAUAUCAUAAUGCGCGUUGUAACCGCCCUUGCUUUGUUGGCGGCGGCACUGGCCACCAGUACCUACGCAGGCACGUGCCACCAGAUGCGCACACUCAUCGCCACCUGUCCCCAAUCCUGUUGGGAUGCCGCCGACUACGGCAGCUGCAACUCCGACUCCGAUGCUAACUGCCUUUGCAACGAGCCCGCCUUCGUCGAGAGCGUGUCCACUUGCGUCGAGAACACCUGCUCUGCGAGCGACGUCACGGAGUACCAGCAGCUCGCGGACGAGAUCUGCGCGACUGUGGACGUACAGCUCACACGCCGCUUGGUUGCGCGAGCUUAGCACUUCGCUGUAGACUCCGAGUCGGAGAGCGCCAGGACAUAGUAUCUGAUCUGACUUCGUAUGUUGAUGCCGUAGAGGUUUGGCCUCGUGCGUAGAGGCCUUGCAAUGCCACUCUGGU